AGGUGCAAGAUGGAGCGGGAUCGCGGCGACAGCAGCAGCCUCUUCUUCCGCGGUCUCCAGAAUCGAUCCCAAGAAAAAGUGAAGCUUCGAAAGAGAAAAUCAACAUUGUAUCUCAGUGACCAGGAGGCAAGCGCCCAUAGGCGAUGGGAUCUGCUUGGUGAAAGCAUUUAUCUGGUCUUGUUUACUGUAGCUCUCAGAAUACUGAACUGCUUUUUAGUUCAGACAAGUUUUGUUCCAGAUGAAUACUGGCAGUCUCUUGAAGUUGCACAUCACAUGGUCUUUAAUUAUGGGUAUUUGACCUGGGAAUGGACAGAACGAUUGAGGGGCUACACUUACCCCUUAAUCUUUGCAAGCAUUUAUAAGAUUCUACACCUUUUGGGAAAAGAUAGUGUUCAGCUGCUGAUUUGGGUUCCUAGACUUGCUCAAGCUCUUCUGUCAGCCAUAGCAGAUGUGAGGCUAUUUUCAUUAAUGAAGCAACUAGAAAAUCAGGAAAUAGCCAAAUGGGUGUUUUUCUGCCAGUUGUGCUCUUGGUUCACAUGGUAUUGCUGUACCCGAACUCUGACAAACACCAUGGAAACGGUUCUCACAAUCAUUGCUCUUUUCUACUAUCCUUUAGAAGGCUCAAAGUCUAUGAACAGUGUCAAGUAUUCAUCCCUAGUGGCACUGGCCUUCAUCAUUCGUCCGACAGCUGUCAUUCCAUGGAUACCUUUGUUCUUCAGACAUUUUUGGCAAGAACAUAGAAAGCUUAAUCUUAUUCUACACCAUUUUUUACUUGUAGGAUUUGUCACUUUAAGUUUGUCUCUGGUAAUUGAUCGUAUCUUUUUUGGUCAAUGGACUUUGGUUCAGUUUAAUUUUUUGAAAUUUAAUGUGCUACAAAAUUUGGGGACAUUUUAUGGUUCUCAUCCAUGGCACUGGUACUUCACUCAAGGAUUUCCAGUUGUCUUGGGUACUCACUUACCCUUCUUUAUUCAUGGCUGCUUUCUAGCCCCAAAGAGGUACAGGAUACUUUGGGUGACUGUGCUGUGGACAGUGCUUGUUUAUAGCAUGUUGAGCCACAAAGAAUUCAGGUUUAUAUAUCCAGUUUUACCACUUUGUAUGGUGUUCUGUGGCUAUUCACUAACCCACUUGAAAAUAUGGAAGAAACCAGCUGUAAGUUUCCUGGUUUUAUCAAACAUGCUCCUUGCUCUAUACACUGGAUUAGUUCAUCAACGAGGUGUCCUUGAUGUCAUGAGUAACAUUCAAGAACUUUGUUUCAGCAGUCACAAUGAAUCUGCAACUUCAGUAUUUGUAUUGAUGCCUUGCCACUCUACUCCUUAUUACAGCCAUGUUCACUGUCCACUUCCAAUGAGAUUUCUCCAGUGUCCCCCAGAUUUAACUGGGAAAAGUGAUUAUCUUGAUGAAGCGGAUAUAUUUUAUCUCAGUCCCCAAAACUGGUUAUAUAAAGAGUUUCAGAAUGCUUCAUCAUUUCCUACGCAUUUGGUCAUCUUUAGCAUUUUAGAGGAGGAAAUAAGUGCUUUCCUAUCUUCCAGCAACUAUGAGAGAACCACUGUUAUCUUCCACACUCACUUGCCACAAGGUCGUAUUGGCAGUCACAUAUACAUCUAUGAGCAAAAAUUAAAAGGAAAACUCAACAGAUUAAAUUCUUAA